AUGGUAACUCGAAACGUUGGCAUGUUGUCAGAACGCUCGUGCGAUCCAGCACCCGCACUAGGACGGAUCAAAACUGCAGUCCAAACGCCAGAUCUGAACGACCAUGUCCGAGCAAUGAAGGAUGGCUGUAAAUGUCAUGGUGGUUUUGGUUAUGGAAGUCGGGACUGGGCGCAUUCUGGAGAUCGCCGAUUCGAACAGCCUGGUCAUUGCAGACUCAGAAAUCCCAAGGUGACAAUUCCACCUUGCCCCCUUCUACAACUGUAG